CUUUAGUUGAAGUUGCUCUCCAGUCCGCGGUGGACGUGUUUUCAAGCAGUUCAGCAAAAAUAUUUUUCUGUAAUUAUUCCAUCCAAGUGCCUCAUUUUGUUGGAAAAGUAGCAACUGGGUUUUUCCUGUGUGGUGUAAGAAGCAUUGAGAAAAGUGCCUGUGUGACCAUAUUUGUUCUCGCAAAAGUAUCCAAGAAUCACGUGAAAUAAUGUCGGAGGAGCAGCAGGAGAAUGGAAGUGCAAGCAAUGGAGAUGUACCAGAGAUCGAGCUCAUAAUAAAGGCAUCCACUAUUGAUGGACGAAGAAAGGGAGCUUGUCUGUUUUGUCAGGAGUACUUUAUGGACUUGUAUCUUCUGGCCGAAUUGAAAACAAUCAGUCUAAAGGUCACAACAGUGGAUAUGCAGAAACCACCUCCAGAUUUUCGUACCAAUUUCGAGGCAACACAUCCACCAAUUCUCAUUGAUAAUGGUUUAGCCAUAUUGGAGAAUGACAAAAUUGAGCGGCAUAUUAUGAAAAAUAUCCCAGGAGGAUACAAUUUAUUUGUCCAGGACAAAGAAGUGGCAACACUCAUUGAGAAUUUGUAUUCCAAAUUAAAGUUAAUGCUAGUGAAAAAGGAUGAAACAAAAAAUAAUUCACUUCUGGCACAUCUCAAGAAGAUCAAUGAUCACUUGGCGAGUCGCGACACGCGAUUCCUCACAGGUGACACAAUGUGCUGUUUCGAUUGUGAAUUGAUGCCUCGUCUGCAGCAUAUUCGAGUGGCUGGAAAGUAUUUUGUGGACUUUGAAAUACCCACACACCUGACAGCUCUUUGGCGCUACAUGUAUCACAUGUAUCAAUUGGACGCAUUCACGCAAUCGUGCCCCGCUGACCAGGACAUUAUCAAUCACUACAAAUUGCAACAGGCAAAAGGUGACAUCCAGAUGCUUAAAAUGAAGAAGCAUGAAGAAUUGGAGACACCAACGUUCACAACGUCAAUUCCAAUUGAUAUUUCUGAGUGAAAAUUUGGACGGAAAAUGGUGAGGAGGAAGAAGAGCAGAGAGCUUUUUUUUGGCAGUAAGAAGAAAAAUCGCCCCCACAGAGAGUAUUCCGAGAAGAUUUUGAGACAGGAAGAGAGAUAAAAGAGAAAGAAAAUCUUCCGACAAUUUCAUCCAAUACUUUUUUUUAACAGUAAACAGCAUGAUGUAUUUAAGUAAAUACCAGUUUCCUUAAUUAUCGACAGAAAACAAGCAAAAAAAAAUAUACAGAAAAAGAGCUAUAAAUAUUAAUAUAUUAAAUGUAAUAUGUACAUGAAGAAUGCUAUUUGAUAGAAUAAAUUAUUAACGAAUAAACAAAAUGAGCAAGGAAAUUUUAUACCAUUUAAAAAAAACAUUUUUUCCAUCCCUUUUUAUACCAGAAAUAAAUGAAAAUGAGAAAACAAUCUUUAAAACACUAUUUAUAAAAAGUGGGAAAAUCUUGGAAAAUUCUUUUGUACUGUAGUUAAUAGUAAAACAAGAAAGGUUAAAAAAGAAGAAUAAUACAAUGAACUGAGAAAAGUAUAAAAACAAUCAAAAAAGAUUUAUAGAAUAAAUGAGAAAUGUACAUAAAGUUUUUUUUUAAAUUUAAGGAAAAAUGUAACUUUUUGAAGUUAUUACUUUCAUUCUUAAUAUUUAAAAAGAGAGAAAGAAAAAUCUGUUCACUGUUUAGUCAUUAUAAUUUUUUUCCUUUUAAAUGCCUUUCCCAAAACAAACAAAAAACAAAAGAUAGCUCUUGAAGAGAUAAUGUUUGUCCAUUUCUUUCUCCUUUUUUUAAUUGAUACAAAAAUAUAUUCAAAUAAAAUGGAAUUUGCCAUAAA